AUGGGAAACCACUUCCAACUCGAAGAUUGCUCCAUACACACCAUGAAACUCGCGCCGCUCAUUCUCCUUGUAGCCCUUCUGGUAGCAGUCUGUUAUGCAGGUGGUUUCAAAGGCAGAGGUUCUUCAGGAGGUCGUGGGAGAGGUUAUGGAGGCGUUUCUCGUGGUCACGGAUCGAGAGGAGGAGGCUUCGGAGGAGGUAAAGGCGGAGGCUUCGGAGGCGGUAAAGGUGGAGGCUUCGGAAGAGGUGGAGGUGGAGGUUAUGGAGGGGGCAAAGGCGGAGGCUUUGGAGGGGGUAAAGGCGGAGGCUUCAGAGGAGGUAAAGGCGGAGGCUUCGGAGGCGGUAAAGGUGGAGGCUUCGGAAGAGGUGGAGGUGGAGGUUAUGGAGGGGGCAGAGGCGGAGGCUUUGGAGGGGGUAAAGGCGGAGGCUUCGGAGGAGGUAAAGGUGGAGGCUUCGGAAGAGGUGGAGGUGGAGGUUAUGGAGGAGGCAGAGGCGGAGGCUUUGGAGGGGGUAAAGGCGGAGGCUUCGGAGGUGGCCGCAGAGGUUAUGGGAAGUGAUAAUCCCCUUUUGCCUUCAGGAGGCAGCCACAGAAGUUGUUUCGGAGGCAGAGGAGCUAUUGUUGACCAUAUACCUGAGUUUAUUACUAUUAAAACAUUGAGUGUGAUUUAAGGAAUA